ACAGUAAGCAGACAAAUGCAUCACACUCCAGUACUUCCUGGAUUGGUCUUUUGUCCAUCGCGAUGUGCCAUACCUCUUCAUUUAUGACAUCAUAAGACUGAGGAAGAUAUGACGCUAACCACCAGUGCGGCUACAUGUACAGGGAAAAGCUGCAUUUUGGAAACCGUGCACCACACUCAAGGCCUAACACGGAAGCUCAUCAUGUUGGACGAUUGCAUUUUCUCCAGUUAAAUAUGGAGACAAACGACUCAUACGGCAAACUCAAAAUGAGUCAGGAGGAACAAUGCGAAGGGACCGGCCUGAAGGAUGUCUACGACAUACUAACCAGAGUCCCACCGGAGCAAGUGCUUAGCCUCACAUUCCAGCUCGGCGAGUCUCCUGAAGAUCAUAUCAUAGAUGCUUUGUGUCUGAUUAUUCUACGUAAGGAGGAAAAAGCCCUGGACAAACUCCAUACACUGGUGGACAGUGAACUCGCCAAGCUUCUGGCGGAACUAUGGACUAAGAGCGGGUGUCAAUUAGAAGGAUUUGCGGAGCGUUGCGGUCAAUCUCUGGAUUUGACGGGAGAAUCUUUGGCAGCGCUGGCUCGCAUUUUCAAAAUUCUGUCCGAGCACGGAAUGUGUGAUCAACUUUUAAGGAAUCUGGCAUACAAGAGGGCCCUCAGCGGCGGCGGCGGUGGCAGUCAAAAUCAUGAGGAAUUGUUGUAUGAUCAACUCAAGGAGGAAGCCAAAGAUGUGUGUGGGCCUCAGCUAGCGGUGUGGAUGCGUUCCCCCGGAAAUCUCAAGUCGGGUUCUUACGAUACCCCCGACAGCCAAGUCGAAGGCAUUACAACACUGGUUCGAAGUCUUCCCAGCACGCUGCAGUCAAGCUGCUCUGAGCUAUCGUAUCCCACACAUCUGGAGAUCAGCCUGCCUCCAACGAUCCCGUACCAGGGAGACACGCUAACCCCGGAAGCAUCCGGAAGCCACGAACAAAGCCCGAUUGACAGGCAAGACGACAGUCAUUCCCCGGAGCGAUCUCACCUUGUGGAAUCGCAGCCGACGUCAAGUGAAGCUCCCGGACCGGAACGGUCAAAGACGGAUGCGGCGUCCGGAACAGAGCGCGGAAAGCAUCGGGACGGGGGGUUCGACGUGAUACGACCUUGUCCCCGAAGCGUCACGCCAACUACAGGAUCGAAACCUUCGCCGCCAUUUUGGACAAACCACGUCCCCCCAAGACGAACGGUCUCCGCAGGGGCCCAUUUCAGUCAAUGUGGAGAAGAAGAGGAUGAGGUCACGUUUUAUUCCUUUGUCAUCCUUCAUGCUCCGGAAGAUGGUGAGCUAGCUGAAAGCAUGAAGGAAAAACUGGAGAGCAUUAUCAGUAGUAAGGGCGCGACCUUCUCUGAUGACUUUGCCGUACCUGGUAAGAGCACCUUAAGGUGCAUCGAGGACGCCAUCAACAACUCGGCUUUUACUAUUCUGCUGCUCACCCAGAACUUCAACACGCGCAUGUUGGAGGUGAAGACCAACUCGGCCCUGAUCAACUCCAUUAAUAAGCAACACAAAUACAACACCGUUAUACCUUUGCUACCUAAGGACAACCCCAUGCCCAGGCACCGCAUGCCUAUCGUGCUGCAGACCAUCGUUUCGCUGGAGGAGAACAAAAGCUUUGAGAGCAAAAUCAAAAAGGCUUUAUCGCCGGCAAAAAUUAAUCGGCAGAGAAGCAUUUGGUCGGAAGAGCAGAGCACAACACAUCAAAGGCGACCGCCCCGAGGGUGUGAUGCGGCACACGUGCGGGAAAAUCGCAACUUCCUGGGCUCGGUGGACUUUUCCAGCGUGCCAUCGGCUUUGCUGCAGCAUCCUAACAUUCAUAUUGAAAAUGCGAGCUAUGUUAUGAUCGGCAACGACUCUCAAAUGACUGUGGAUUACUGUGGCGUGAAAGAGAGCGAUCGCAAUGUUAGAGAAGGCAAGAAAUAAAUGGAUGGCACAAUAUGGGUUAAAAAAAAACAAAACAAAAAAAACACAACAUCUGAAACAAGAUAUCUAUUUUUCGUGACACUAAAAGGUUUUAAAAGCUCCUGGGUAUGAUUAUUGCAUUUCUAGCUGUUUAUACACUCAAAAAAAAAAUCUAAAACUGUCUCGGAAUUGCAGUCAAAUGAAUAGUCACUACAUGGAGGGGACUGGAUGAAUGUUUAGCCGAAGACUGCCAUCUAGUGGCAAAAUUGUGAUUCACAGUACUGUCUUGUGAUCACCCCUGACUUGUGAUUGAGACCAACAUUUCUGGCAGUGGGUAAUUUACUUCUUUUUUGAAAUCCUUGAAAGUCUUGAGAUUUCAUCGUACCUGCUGCCAGGCGCAAUGUCACAAAGCAGCCCAAGAACAUAAAAGACCCUUCUUCAUGUUUCUUGGAAUGUUUCAUUUUUGCAGCGGUACCAACAAUCUUUGCAAUGUACAUUUUUCAAUUCUAUUGCGCUGCACAGGUGGAAGCUUUUCCCCUCUAGUGUUCUUGUUUGUCAUCACCGCGUUGUCUGAGAGUCGGUCACCACCCAGUCCGUGUUCUAAUGUGAACUGAAACUGAAUGAUGACUGAAAAGCAUUGGAGUUUACCCAUCAAGUGUGUCUUUUUUAUUUGUAAUCUCAAAAUUCCCUUGUGUGCCUCCAUGGGAGUUUGUGAGCACAUAGACCACACACAAAAAGUUUGGCAAUGGGGUGAAAUUUCAGAAUGAACAUAAAAGGAACGAUGACCUUAACAGGUGAACUUAAUUUUGACCUUGUCUCAGCUUUCGAAUACACAUGUCCAUACAUAAAAA